CUGUGAAAUUUCAAAAUAGAUUCUCGAGCUGUUAGUUCGUUGACAAAGUGCACGUUAGUUGGAUUAACCGAUCGCAUUUUUUAACGGGAGCAAAAGCGCGCUUUUCUUCGUUAACGGAAACGAUAUUCGUUUAUUUUUUGGUGAUUUGGUUAAUCGAUUCAGUGUACUCGGUUCUUGGUUCCUUUUUCAAGCGAUGGAUUUACUCUACUUUUUCACGUUAGCAAUUAGUUUUAUAAGUUACGGUUCAGCAACGUUGAAAAUAAAAAAAGUGAACCUACCAGAAUCCGUAGAACUUGGCUCAACGAACGAAAUUAUAAUGGACUGCGACUUCGAAGCUAACAAUGAAACUGACUUGGAGGUAAAAUGGUUUUACAAUGGGGAAAUAGAACAAAUUUACCAAUGGAUCCCAGGAAAUCACCAAGGAUUUGGAAUGAAUCGAUUGAAAAAUAGAUUAGAUCUCAAGUAUAGUGUAUCAAACGAUACAAACACCAAGUACAGGGCUUUGAGGAUAACGAACAUAACUCAGGAUUUGUCUGGAAAUUAUACGUGCAAAGUUAGCAGUUUCGAUAGUGAGGAUUCCAGGACGAAACAGCUCAUUAUUUAUUCUCCUGCAAAAACACCUCUGGAAGUUAUUCUGUUUGAAAAAGAAGCUUUUGUGAUUUGCACGACUAGCGGCAUAUAUCCUGAACCACAAGUUGAUUUCUACAUACAAAAACAGAAUGGCACUCAAGAAGAUAUAAAUGAAGACAUAGAUACUGAUAUAGAUGGAGAGGGAUACUACAAUGUAACUGCCAAGCAUCGGUUUGACAAUUACACAUUGAAUGGACCCACAAAAUUCGUUUGCAAUGUGAGCAUUGCUGGGACUGAUUAUUAUUUAUCAAGGACACUGGAAUAUCUGAAUCAUUCUAACAAAAAAGUUGAGGAAGAAUUUUUAGUGACAGCAAAUGCUACAAAUGCGUCAAGUGUCGAAGAUAUCAUCUACAUUAAUUCCAUCAAUUUGACAGAAAACACCGCAGUGGUUCACACAUCUUCUGCCUUCUUCUCCCUCUCCCUGGCUGUUUUACUGUUGGUGAUUUUUUCCAAGUGAAUGUCCACAACAUUUUUUAUUAUUUUGUGAUAAUUUUACCAAACUGUAAAGCAUACUUUGUAAAAAUGUAAUAAAUUGUACAUAAGAUUCUUAUUGUAAGAAAAUACCUCACACACUUAUUUUCUGUACGAUUCAUACCAAAGGUAUUUAACAAGUAUGUAUAUAUCUAAAUACUGUACUGCAGUAAUUGUUACUUUGUUUUUUAUUUUGUCUGUGGAUACUAGUCUCCAAAAAUAUAUUUUAUAUUCAAUUUACCAUAGGAAAUAAACAAUAAAUAAAAUAA